AUGAAAGACCUGUCGAACAUCGUGCUCAACAACAAGUAUCAGCUCAAAAAGAGGAUCGGUUCCGGCUCCUACGGUAUUGUCUACUCAGCAGUCCAUCUAUAUACAGGAAUAUCUUAUGCCAUAAAAAUCAUCCUAAAGAACAACUCCUCGAACACGGCUAACAAUAAACAGCUAUUGGUGGAGUUGGAGAAAAGCUUGAUUUACCAGUCUCUAUUGAACAAUGGCUGCUUGGACGCCAACCUCCUCAACCUCGACCUCAUCGAAAAGUACGGAACGGACUGCAAGUUUCUCCGGGAAAUUAGUUUGCAGUUAAAAGUGCACAAGCACCCUAACAUCCUAUCCAUAUACAAGGUCUACGAUUACCAAAACUCCAUUUUCGUUGUCAUGGACUAUUACCCGGAUGGAGACUUGUUCACAACGAUUGUCGACAAACAGCGUUACAAAGAUGACCCUUUUUUGAUCAAGUCUGUAUUCAUCCAGUUGAUUGACGCCAUAAAUUACUGCCAUUCCAAAAGUGUUUUCCACUGCGACUUGAAACCUGAAAAUGUUCUGGUCACAGAGAAUGGAACCAGGUUGAUUUUGGCAGAUUUUGGAUUAGCCCUCCAGGAAAAAUUCAUAAACUCGAACAUCUCUUGUGGUUCAAGUUAUUACAUGUCUCCAGAAAGAAUUCAAAAUUUCUCCCAGGCGUUCAACAGUCUUGAUUCACAUUCUAUCCAUCUAGAAAGACUGCUUAACCCAAGCAGUUCCAAUAAUAACUACCCAGUACACGGGAAUGUCAAGUUCCCUACUAGCGCUGGUGACGUUUGGUCUUUGGCCAUCAUAUUGAUUAACUUGGUUUCGAUUAGAAACCCUUGGCUGAAAGCUUCAUUGCAUGAUACAACAUUCAAGGCCUUUGUUCAGAAUCCCAGGAUAUUAAUGAAGAUUUUACCAAUAUCCAUCGAGGUUUUCAACAUCUUAUGCAAGUACCUGGCCCUUAACCCUUGGGAAAGGGGUACCUUGUUUGAAUUCAGAGAGGACAUACUCAAAUGCAGCAAAUUAACGGAAACCGGACCGUUGUCCAUAGACUCUACAAUAAAAUCGAUGGACAUCAUAACGACAGAAUCUCAAAUGAACAUCAUCAAUAACUAUCCUUCCAACCUCUCUCAGUUUGAGGUUUGUCCAAUUCCUGUUGAUCAUGUUAAACUGGAUAAAAUUAGAUCAGGAGAAAUGGAAGAUAUCGAUCAUGUUGAAGUCGAAAACGAUUAUAUGCCUAAAAUUCCAAAAGAAUGUAAGUCUUGUGUCAAUUGUGGUUUUGGAUACGAAGCUUCUGAUCCUUGUUCCUCUGUCAAUUCUGUUGCCCUAAGUUACUUGUCGCUACCUCCUUAUCUUGAUUCGAACAACAAAAUUCCACAUUACAAGAAUGGAGGCAACAUGCUACUAGCGAGAAACUCGGACUAUGUUAGGUUAGUGAAAGACUCACCAAAGAACUCUGGGCAUUUGUUUUCGAAGAUUCCGAUCUCGGAAGAUGAUUUGUCAGCCUUUGAGGUUGAGCUGGAGUUCAAAAUCACUGGCAAUCAAGAAAAGAUCAGCUUGAUCGGAGAUGGUAUGGCUAUAUGGCUUACUGCUGAGCAACUUAACCAAGGCGAUGUGUUCGGAAUGCAAAGCAACUUCAACGGUUUAGGUAUAUUCAUCGACACUUACAAAAACUACAAUAGUAAAAGAAACAGACAUGCCUUUCCUUAUCUAAGUAUUCAACGAAACUGGGAAGACCCAUUUCACUAUGAUAAAGCUACAGACGGUACCGGAACAGAGGUUGGUGGUUGUUCGUUGCAUAGAAUUUACAACAACGAGGAAAGUACCAAACUAAAGAUUACUUAUGUGCGUGAUGCUAAUGUUUUCGAGAUUGAUGUGGAUGUCGAAGGAAACGGAGAUUGGAGAACCUGUUUUAGAAAGGAAAACGUGAAACUGGACGAGCUUGUACCAGCGGGAAAACCGGUCUAUCUCGGUGUUAGUGCAGAAACCGGUGACUUGCACCAUAAUGUUGACUUGUACACCAUCAAUGCUAACACCUUCAGAAAUAAAGAUGGCAGUCUCAUUACUGAAAUCGAUUCUUUGGGAGAAGGAAUUCGUGUUAUCGACACUGAAUCAUCUAAGAAAGAGGCAGAUGAUAGAAGCGACAGUAAGGGAAGUGGCAAUGUCGACCGUGAAGUCAGGCGCAGAAGCAGAAGAACCAUGAGUCGUUUGCGUAGGCAAGAGAAGAAACUCAAGGAACUUGAUAGAAUAAAGUAUGGCAGCGAACACGGAUUCGUCGGUUGGUUUUUCAACUGGGUAAAGUAUAUCUUCAAAGUGAUAUUCAUGCUCAUACUUGUAGCGAUUGCCCUGUACGCAUGUGUGAUCGGCUAUCGUGUCCAUAGGGAAAAGCAACGUAAGAAAGCGCCAAGCGGCUUGCUCUGA